UUCCUCCGCCCAUUGUAACUGGACGCAACAUAGGCUAUUUUUGGAAAGUAAAUAAAUUAUGCUUCUGUAUUGGAAUAUACCCUCCUCCCUCAGUCUCUUUAUUGUUAAUGGCCCCUCUCGUCGCACCAACCUCUGUUUCCAAAUCUGCUCCUCUCUUUUCUUUCUUCUAUAGCCGUCAUGUGGUCUCUGUAUCACCAUCAACAUCUCCCUUUUUCAGGCCUUUUUCGAUAUCGGAAGCCCUUUUCUCCUUUUUCCGCUAAUCUAUUUCACGGUUUCAAGUUAAAUAUAUCAAACGUUAGAAAGCGGCGUGGUUAUCGAUUGCGAAAUAGGAUUUUUCAAGUUAGGGCCCUUGAUGAGGAUACAUUUAACAUAUCGCUACUUGAUGAUUGGGGUAUCGAUGAGGGCACCGCUGGGACCCUGAUAUCAUCCAGCGAUGGGGAAGAUAGUGAUGGCGACUUUAUCUUAAAUCCAGUCUCUGAUAUUGAUUUGCCUUCUGGUAAUGUAUCAACAAAUGAUGCUCUCACAGUUACGGCUACCAGAUUUGCAAUGAUUGCAAAGGGGCGCAGAAAACAUAGGAUCAGACUUGGGAUUCUAAAUAAUUUGGGAUUGAUUGUCUUCCUUUUGGCGCUGCUUUUAUUUGUGGAUUGGUGUGCAUGGAAAAUUGUCAGACAGCCCCUUGCUCCAUUUUAUUUGUCCCGACCCUUUUUUAUAUCAACAGCUUUAGUUUCUAUUGUGGGUUAUCUUUUUGUUCCGUUUCUCAAUGCUUUGAAGGUUCAUCAAAAUGUAAGGAACGAAGCACCAGUUAGGCACCACAAGAAAAGGGGAACCCCCACAAUGGGUGGUUUAUUUUUUAUACCAAUUGGCAUCGGUGUUGCAAAACUCAUAGCUGGUUUUUCUUCUGUUGAAGUUUCUGGAGCAGCAGUAGCAACAGUAGCAUUUGCUUCAAUUGGUCUACUAGAUGACAUCUUAAGCCUCAUUAAGAAUCAUAACAAUGGUCUAUCUUCACAGAUAAAAUUGUUCUUGGAGCUGGCUGCUGGGACCUUGUUUGCCUUUUGGUUGGACACUACAAGUAUAUCAUCACCCUACAGCAUGAAAAUGUUGAUUCCUCUACCUGCACCAUUGGGCCUUGUGUGCCUUGGAAAAUGUUACUUAUUGUUGACUUCAUUUUGUUUUGUUUCCAUGGGAACUGGAGUUGACUUGACAGAUGGGCUUGAUGGGCUAGCUGGUGGGACUGCUGCACUGGCUUUUGUAGCAAUGUCGAUUGCAGUACUACCAAUAUGUUCAGAACUUGCUAUUUUUGGAGCAUCAAUGGCAGGAGCCUGUGUUGGUUUUCUGUUGCACAACCGAUACAGGGCAUCUAUAUUUAUGGGAGAUAUAGGAUCCUUGGCAUUGGGUGGAGGAUUAGCUGCAAUGGCUGCUUGCACUGGAAUGUUCUUUCCAUUAUUUAUUUCAUCUGGAUUCUUUUUUUUGGAAACAUCAUCAGUUAUUAUGCAGGUAGCAUACUUCAAGGCAACUAGGUGGUUGAGUGGAGCUGGGCACCACUUGUUUCGGAUGGCACCUUUUCAUCAUCACCUUGAAUUAUGUGGAUUCGAAGAACCGACUAUUGUUGCUGGUGCGUAUGUUGUGUCAUGCCUGUUGGCAUUAGUUGCUGGGUAUGUCGGUCUAAUAUCAGCUUAGCUUCUGAUAGCAAUUUUGCUCCUCUCGAACCUUGUCUUUUUGUAGUUAGGGUCACUAGAAUUGCUAUUCUUUAUAUUUCCUGUCAUUUAUUAUUCGAUUUGUUGGUUUUAGGUUUGAAACCUUGAUGUUUGUAAUCUUCUUUAUAAAAGAGGUGAAGAGGAACUUAGGAAAUAACAAAUUUUAUGUAAACAUUUGAGUUAAGGGUAUACAUAGGUCGAGUUCAAUGUA